AAAAUCUUCUACCUUCUUAGAUCAGAUCACAUCGCAGUUUCUCAUUUCCCUCGAUUCACUUAUUUUGUUCACAUAUGGACGGACUGAUCAAGGGUUUACUGGACGUCGCUAUUGGCCACGAGGGAGAUAAUGAGUCUCAAGAUGAACGCUCCAGAUCCAGUUCGGCACAGGCGGUGUCAGGGGAUCAGGAUCACCAACGAGAUGAACACUCCAGAUCCAGUUGGGCGCAGGUGGUGUCAGGGGAUCAGGAUCACGAAAAACAGGUGCAGAGCCAAUGGCAGGGUUCGGGUUCAAGACCUUCGGGGAGGACCCACAAGACCGAGUAUGGGGGAUAUGAAAAAAAUGAAGGUGAUGAGCGACGACAUGGUUAUAACCAAAAUAAGUGGAACAGAAAGGAGCAAGAAGAGGAGAAUAAUGAUGGCUGGGAAACUGUUGGCAAAAAGCCUCGAAGACGGCCACAAAAGGUUAAUAUGGAUCACUGGCAAGGGUAUAAACGACCUCCUAGUGAGCAAGAAUACUCUGAUGAGGUUGGAACUGGUACUAGCAUCGAACCUUCAGAAGAGGAACUUGCUGACUUUUUGCAAGCUUGCAACAGGCUGUGGCAACUUGAUUUAAACCGUCUGGAACCUGGAAAGGAUUAUCAAAUUGACUGUGGUGAAGGGAAGAAGGUUUUCCAGAAGGAAGAUAUGGCAGAAGGAAGCCUAUUUUGUUAUGUUGAUGAGGACAUUUUUAGAACAAAACCUACAUUUGCUCGUUUUUGUUCUCUCUUGGAUAAUUACAACCCAAAUGCUGGGUGCAAGGAAGUUGUUACAUCUGAGGAGAAACAAGAGCAGGCUGCAUUUAUAGAAGAAAUCAGUAGAACUGCGCCUAUUAAAUAUCUUCACAAGUACCUGUCUCGGAAGGGCAUUGUAUCUGAAAACUAUCAAGAUUUCAAAAGAAUGUUGACAAGCCUAUGGUUUGAUCUUUAUGGUCGAGGAGGUACAUCUGGUUCCUCUUCUGCUUUUGAACAUGUUUUUGUUGGGGAAAUCAAGCAACAUUGUGAGCAAGAAGUUAGUGGCUUCCACAAUUGGCUUCAGUUUUACCUAGAAGAAGCAAAAGGAUGUGUUGAUUAUCAUGGUUAUAUAUUACCCCGAAGACGUGGGGAAACUCCUGACUCCGAGACACAGUUGCUUACAGUUCAGUUCGAAUGGAAUGGGGUUCUUAAAUCCGUGUCAAGUACAUUGGUUGGGGUGAGUCCUGAGUUUGAAAUUGCUCUCUAUACUCUGUGUUUCUUCGUGGGUGGAGAGGAUAACUAUGUACAGCUGGGUCCAUACUCUGUGAACAUCAAGUGCUACCGAUUUGGAAAUAAAAUCGGUUCUGUAUUUCCAAUAGCAGAAUGUUGAUUUUCAGCUCUGUGUGUUAUUAUUAUUAUUAUUAUUAUUAUUAUCCAGAAGCUACAGAAACACUAUAGAUAUCAUGUUCAUGUUCCUGUCUAGCAUUAGUUUAUGAUAUAUCAUAACAUAUCUUUUACUUGGAUCUUUUAACUUAUAAAAUUGAUAAUUAUGAUA